CAGAGCCUCGGCGGCCGGCGCGCUGCGCCUGAGACCGGAACCAGGCCCGCCCCGCGCCCCGGCCCCAGCCCCAGCCCCAGCCCCAGCCCCGCGGCGAUGGCCUGAGCCCCACGGCCUGCGGGACCAUGAGGAGCGACCGGGCGCACAGGGGCUCAGGCGGCUCCGGGGGUCUCGGCGCGGGACUCAAGUACAGCUCGCGACCUGAGAACAUGAACGGAUUUGAGGAAGGCGUGGAGUUCUUGCCGGCCAACAACACCAGGAUGGUGGAGAAGGGCGGCCCGCGGCACGGGGUGGUGCUGGCAGCCGUGCUAGCCGGGGUCCUCGUGCUGUCCCUUAUGACCGGUCUGCUGGUCUGGCACUUCCAGUACCAGAACGUGCGGGUCCAGAAGGUCUUCAAUGGCUACCUGAGGAUCUCGAAUGAGAACUUUCUGGAUGCUUAUGAGAACCCCAACUCCACAGAGUUUGCAAACCUGGCCAAGAAGGUGAAGGAGGCGCUGAAGCUGCUGUACAGUGGGAUCCCGGUCCUGGGCCCCUAUCACAAGAAGUCGGCCGUGACUGCCUUCAGCGAGGGCAGUGUCAUCGCCUACUACUGGGCGGAGUUCAGCGUCCCCAAGAACCUGGUGGAGGAGGUGGAGCGCGCCAUGGCGGAGGAGCGCGUGGUCACCCUGCCGCCCCGCGCCCGCACCCUCAGCUCCUUUGUGCUGACCUCGGUGGUGGCCUUCCCCACCGACCCCAGGACAGUACAGAAUGCCCAGGACAACAGCUGCAGCUUCGCCCUGCACGCCCGCGGCAGCGAGCCCAUCCGCUUCUCCACGCCUGGCUUCCCCAACAGCCCCUACCCGUCUCACGCCCGCUGCCAGUGGACCCUGCGGGGGGACGCCGACUCCGCACUGAGCCUGACCUUCCACAGCUUCGAUGUCUCCACCUGUGACGAACACGGCAGUGACCUGGUCACAGUGUAUGACACCCUGAGCCCCGUGGAGCCCCGGGCCGUGGUGCAGCUGUGUGGCACGUACCCUCCCUCCUACAACCUGACCUUCCUCUCCUCCCAGAACGUCCUGCUCGUCACGCUGGUGACCAGCACAGAGAGGCGGCACCCCGGCUUCGAGGCCGUGUUCUUCCAGCUGCCCCGGAUGAGCAGCUGUGGAGGCUACUUACGUGGAGCCCAGGGGACAUUUAGCAGCCCCUACUACCCAGGCCACUACCCGCCCAACGUCAACUGCACCUGGCACAUCGAGGUGCCCAACAACCAGAAUGUGAAGGUACGCUUCAAGGCCUUCUACUUGUUGGAGCCCAGCGUCCCCCUGGGCUCCUGCUCCAAGGACUACGUGGAGAUCAACGGGGAGAGGUUCUGUGGAGAGAGGUCCCAGUUUGUCGUGAGCAGCAGGAGCAGCAAGAUCACUGUCCACUUCCACUCCGACCAGUCCUAUACCGACACGGGCUUCCUGGCCGAGUACCUCUCCUAUGACUCCAGUGACCCGUGCCCGGGCAAGUUCAUGUGUAACACGGGGCGGUGCGUCGCGAAGGAGCUGCGCUGCGACGGCUGGGCCGACUGCACCGACUACAGCGACGAGCGUGACUGCAAAUGCAACGCCACCCACCAGUUCACGUGCGGGGACAGCUUCUGCAAGCCCCUCUUCUGGGUGUGUGACUCCGUGAACGACUGCGAGGACGGCAGUGACGAGAAGGGGUGCAGCUGUCCCGCCGACACCUUCAAGUGUGGCAAUGGGAAAUGUCUGCUGCAGAGCCAGCGCUGCGAUGGCAAGAAUGACUGUGGCGACGGGUCCGAUGAGGCCACCUGUGACAGAGUGAGCACUAUCACGUGCACCAAACAGACCUACCGCUGCCUCAACGGGCUCUGUAUCAGCAAGGGCAACCCUGAGUGUGACGGGAAGAAGGACUGUACUGAUGGUUCAGAUGAGAAGAAUUGUGACUGCGGGUUGCGGUCCUUCACCAGACAGUCUCGGGUCGUCGGGGGCGAGAACGCGGACGAAGGCGAGUGGCCCUGGCAGGUGAGCCUCCACGCCCUGGGCCAGGGCCACGUGUGUGGGGCGUCGCUCAUCUCUCCCGACUGGAUGGUGUCGGCUGCCCACUGCUUCGUCGACUACCGAGGAUUCAGGUACUCUGACCACAGCAUGUGGACUGCCUACCUGGGUCUGCACGACCAGAGCCAGCGCAGCGCCCCGGGGGUGCAGGAGCUCCGGCUGCAGCGCAUCAUCUCCCACCCCUACUUCAACGACUUCACCUUCGACUACGACAUCGCGCUGCUGCAGCUCGAGCGGCCGGUCGAGUACAGCCCCACCGUGCGGCCCAUCUGCCUGCCCGACGCCACGCAUGCCUUCCCCGCCGGCAAGGCCAUCUGGGUCACCGGCUGGGGCCACACGCAGGAGGGAGGCACCGGGGCGCUCAUCCUGCAGAAGGGCGAGAUCCGCGUCAUCAACCAGACCACGUGCGAGCGCCUGCUGCCGCAUCAGAUCACCGCGCGCAUGAUGUGCGUGGGCUACCUCAGUGGCGGCGUGGACGCCUGCCAGGGCGACUCCGGGGGCCCCCUGUCCAGCGCCGAGGCCAAUGGGCGGAUGUUCCAGGCCGGCGUGGUGAGCUGGGGUGACGGCUGCGCACAGAGGAACAAGCCGGGAGUGUACACGAGGCUCCCCGUGUUUCGGGACUGGAUUAAAGAGCAGACUGGGGUGUAGACGCGAUGCCCACCCGCCGGCGUGCACAGCUGCGGGCUGAGGGCUGGAUGGCUCUCUGCACCCCCGGCUUGCCCCCCAGAACCCAGACUGUGAACUGAACCCCCAGGCUCUGGAGAUGGAGAACCCCCUCGAGUCCUCGCACUUCCUCAGCCUGGAAGUGAGGUUGGGGAGCGGAGGGGAGGACACUGGCGGUGCCCAGGCGGCAGAGGUUUGGGAGGUUUGACGACACAGCGUCUCCCCUUCGGCCCCAAGCUGGGCGAAGGCUCUUUCCCGAAGGUUUGCUGCUUCUGCCGCUGAUCCCAGAGCUGCUGUCUUGACUCUGGGACGCCUUGGGUGGGGCAAGUGGGGCCCUGUGGGCUCCUAGGGUCACACUUUUCAGGAAACCCAGGUCUGAAGGACCAGGGAAGUCAGACGGGUCCAAGAUUUGAAUGUUUUACCAGCUCCCAGAAUGGGGUUCAGUGUGUGUAUUUGUGAGUAAAACACUUUGAUUUUGGUAA